UCCGAACGCACCUGCGCCGUCACCAUGGAAACAUGGCAGGAGAAACGGAGUAUGCAAACAAUGAACCUGCGCUCAGUGUUUACUGCGGAGCAGCAGAGAAUUCUGGAACGCUAUUAUGAGAAUGGGAUGACCAAUCAGAGCAAGAGCUGUUUCCAGCUCAUCCUGCAGUGCGCUCAAGAGACCAAACUCGACUUUAGUGUCGUCAGGACAUGGGUAGGAAACAAACGGCGAAAACUGGCAUCCAAAGCGAAUCAGAACGGCUCUGCUGGUCAAGGUUAUUCCAGCCACGUGCUGGCAGGGGCUGCCGGCGCCCUGGUGGCAGGGCCGGUGCUGCCAGCCGACAUGGCCGCCGUCAGAGGCCUCCACCGAGGUCCGACGGUGUCCCACCUUCAUCCUCCGACCUCCUGCCCAUCGUCCUCCUCCUCACCCUCCUCGUCCUCCCCCGUCAGCAGUGAAAAUGGAAACAACAGUAAUAAUGACGUCAUAGUGACGGGGAUCUACUCUCCGGCGCGUAACGCCGGUCGCCUGGAGCCUGCCACUCACGGCAGGACUGGAAUGAAAGCCCUGGCUCUGCAUGGCGAGACAGAGCUGCCCAUUCACGCCCGUGUGGCUUUAAACACAGAGACUUCCACCCUCCACUCCAACGCAACAAGCACACAACGCAAAACCCCACAGCUCAAUACCUCCAGUUCUGCGAUCCACGGUCAAGUGAGGAAGACGUUCUCCCAGCGAGAAGCAGUGGGUCUCCCCCUCAGCUGGGCAAAGCAGUACGGCAUGUCACAGCACCAGUCGUGGUCUUCUCUUCCAACAUCACCCCAGUCGCAGCGGAGUCCGCCGCCGGGCGCCACAGAGCCCGGUGUGAGGAUCCAGCAGGUGUUCACUCUCGCUGGGCUGGGCGACGGCCCUCAAAGACCCUUAGCGGGGACGAGUCAAGAGAAGAUCCUGAGAAAGAUCUGCACCCCUGACUUGUCUGAGAGCUUUUCAAUCGCCAUGGAAACAUGUGAUGCUGAUGAUGAAUACUCAAGGGAAGAGGAACUGGCCAAUAUGGGCGCACAGAUUCAAACCACUAAAACCAGCAGCAGCAGCAGUAAUUCAGUGGAUGGGUGUGGGAGUCUAGGGUCCGGCGUGCCCGUGUGGUUUAACAGCCGGGGUUCAACGUCCGCCGCCGGGCGGGGUCAGACGUCUACUGCUGUCAGUCUCUCGAACUCGGAUCUGUUUGGAGAAAAAGGCUGCCAAACCAACCACUCUUUUCUUGUGUCCACGUCGUCUCACGGCAGCACCCCCUUCAGAUUCUUCACACAGACCUCCCCCACCAGGAUGACCAACCUCAAGGUCACAGAUGCCAACUCGCCCCCUUGGCUGACCAGUAACUCACGCAAAAGAACACUCCAGGACAGGACUCAGUUCAGUGACCGGGACCUGCUCACUCUGAAGAGGUACUGGGAUAACGGGAUGACCAGCCUGGGCUCUGUCUGCAGGGAGAAGAUCGCAGCCGCAGCCACAGAACUCAGUGUGGACAGUGAAAUCAUCAAGACCUGGAUUGGUAACCGGAGGCGAAAAUAUCGUUUGAUGGGGAUCGAACUUCCGCCCCCAAAAGGAGGCCCCCCAUCAUUCCCCAGGCCUGCGAGCGCCGAGUCACCUUUACCCUCGAGUCCCGAGGAGCCGAAGACGGCAGAGCAGGGAGUAGAUGGAGAACAGAAUGAUGUGUCCAUUUGUCUGUCUGAGGAUGGGGCCAGUGACACAUGCCAGAAAGACAUGGAAGACCAAACUGAUCCAGCAAAUAAUGAAACUAACAGCUCCACUCCUGCUGACAAUGUGAAAAUAGAGAUUAUUGAUGAAGAUGAUGAAGAUAUGAUGGCCACGGACAUGGAGAAUAUGCAUAACCUGUUAGAAUUCAAACAUGAAGAGGUCCAGUACCUUGAGAGUGAGCUAGAGAACCAAAAACAGAGGUACUAUGAACUGAAGAGCUUCACCAAAAGCCUUCUGAUGGCUGUGAAGAAUAAUGACCAGGAAAAGCAGCAGGAGCUGUUGGCCAGUCUACCUCAAGAUGACGAAGAGGACUGGGAGCUGAGUCCACAGAGAGACGUGGAGCCCAGUGUGGAGAUGACCUCCAACCAGACAGAUUCCUCUGUAUCAGAGGCCAUCAGGGACACGUAGGCACUGUGACUCU